GUGUUUCCAACGCGACCUAAAAUUCCCCCAUUAGAGGCGUGUGUUCUCCCCGCCCCCCCGGCUCUCAGUCACUCGCUGGCUGGUUGGUUAGGGACGGAAGUUUGUGGCUGGUGCAUCAAUGAGGAGAGCCUGUGCAUGCUGCAGGAGAGCGGGGCACGGAGAGGUGAUACAGCCGGGGAGGAGGAAUGGCAUACAGUCAGUGGCAGAAGAAGAGCAGCCAGUGAUGAUUGUAUGAGCAAACAUGAUAACAUUCAGAGACUGAAGCGAUGGAGAUUGCAUGGUCUGCUGGAUUAGAAGGCUGAAUUAUCCUCCUAUUGUCAAGCAGUGCUAGGGAAAUUACAGCACCAGUCGUCUCUGUACUCGGGCACAUGCAGAUGCAUAGGGAAAGUUACCACUAUGUCUGUUAGCGCUACAGAGGGCGACAUCCCAAGGUUCUUUGUUGGUUGUGAGGAAUCUGACGAAGUUUUGGAACAAGGCAAAGCUGAAAAAGUUGACAAUCUGUAUGAACACAUUGAAGAUGAUGACGACGACGAUGAUGAUGAAGAGUAUGACUCUCCACCAGAAAGACAGAUUGUGGUGGGAAUCUGCGCCAUGGCCAAGAAGUCCAAGUCAAAACCUAUGAAAGAAAUCUUGGAGCGUCUGUCACUGUUCAAGUACAUCACUGUGGUUAUUAUUGAAGAAGACGUCAUCCAGAAUGAAUCUGUAGAGAACUGGCCUCUGUGCGACUGCCUCAUUUCCUUUCACUCCAAAGGAUUUCCACUGGAUAAAGCAGUUGCUUAUUCAAAGCUCAGGAAUCCAUUUGUUAUUAAUGACUUGAAUUUACAGUAUCAUAUACAAGACAGGCGUGAAGUUUAUCGGAUUCUUAAAGAUGAGGGGAUUCUGCUUCCUCGAUACGCAGUCCUUAAUCGUGAUCCAAACAAGCCAGACGAAUGUAAUUUAAUAGAAGGUGAAGAUCAUGUGGAGGUGAAUGGAGAGAUAUUCCAGAAACCUUUUGUAGAGAAGCCUGUUAGUGCGGAGGAUCAUAAUGUUUACAUCUACUACCCAACAUCUGCUGGAGGCGGGAGCCAAAGACUGUUCCGAAAGAUUGGCAGUCGUAGCAGUGUAUAUUCUCCAGAAAGCAGUGUGAGGAAGACUGGUGCAUAUAUUUAUGAGGAGUUUAUGCCAACCGAUGGCACCGAUGUCAAGGUUUAUACUGUUGGUCCAGACUAUGCCCAUGCUGAAGCUCGAAAGUCGCCAGCAUUGGAUGGCAAGGUAGAAAGGGACAGCGAAGGCAAAGAAGUUCGAUAUCCUGUUAUCUUAAAUGCCAGAGAGAAACUAAUAGCUUGGAAAGUGUGCCUCGCCUUCAAGCAAACUGUAUGUGGCUUUGAUUUGCUACGUGCAAAUGGCCAGUCUUAUGUGUGCGAUGUCAAUGGAUUCAGCUUUGUGAAGAACUCAAUGAAGUAUUAUGAUGAUUGUGCCAAGAUUCUUGGGAAUAUCAUCAUGCGUGAGCUGGCUCCUCAGUUUCAGAUUCCCUGGUCAAUACCAUUGGAAGCAGAGGAUAUACCUAUAGUUCCUACAACAUCUGGGACAAUGAUGGAGCUCCGAUGUGUAAUUGCAGUAAUAAGACACGGUGAUCGGACACCAAAACAGAAGAUGAAAAUGGAAGUGAGACAUCAAAGGUUCUUUGAUCUUUUUGAGAAAUGCUACGGCUACAAGACUGGAAAAUUAAAACUAAAGAAGCCAAAGCAGUUACAGGAAGUAUUGGAUAUCGCAAGACAACUUCUUGUGGAACUUGACCAAAACAAUGACUCUGAAAUUGAAGAAAGUAAAGCAAAGCUGGAGCAGCUUAAAACAGUGUUAGAAAUGUAUGGUCACUUUUCUGGAAUAAAUCGUAAGGUUCAGCUUACCUAUCUGCCUCAUGGCUGCCCUAAGACAUCCAGUGAAGAGGAGGAUUGUCGAAGAGAUGAUCCAUCGUUGCUUUUAGUCCUAAAAUGGGGUGGUGAAUUGACUCCUGCAGGCCGGAUUCAAGCAGAGGAACUUGGCAGGGCAUUUCGGUGCAUGUAUCCUGGAGGACAAGGAGAUUACGCUGGAUUUCCUGGCUGUGGCCUUUUGAGGUUACACAGUACUUAUCGACAUGAUCUUAAAAUCUAUGCAUCAGAUGAGGGAAGAGUCCAGAUGACGGCUGCAGCAUUUGCAAAAGGUUUAUUAGCACUGGAAGGAGAGCUGACCCCAAUACUUGUUCAGAUGGUGAAAAGCGCAAAUAUGAAUGGAUUGCUGGACAGCGACAGUGACUCUUUAAGCAGCUGUCAGCAUCGAGUGAAAGCAAGACUGCAUGAGAUUCUUCAGAGGGAUCGAGAUUUUAGUCCUGAGGACUAUGAGAAGCUUACUCCCACCGGAAGUAUCUCCCAGAUAAAAUCAAUGCAGAUUAUAAAGAAUCCAGUAAAGACUUGUGACAAAGUUAACUCCCUAAUUCAGAGCCUAACAUCACAGAUCCGGCAGAAAAUGGAGGACCCAAAAUAUGCAGAUAUUCAGCUUUAUCACAGCGAGACCCUGGAUCUAAUGCUGCGCAGAUGGUGCAAACUGGAAAAGGAUUUCAAGACUAAAAAUGGAAGAUAUGACAUCAGCAAAAUUCCUGAUAUUUAUGAUUGUAUAAAGUAUGAUGUGCAACACAAUGUCUCGCUGAAACUGGAGAACACAAUGGAACUAUACAGGAUUUCCAAGGCGCUAGCUGAUAUAGUAAUUCCUCAGGAAUAUGGAAUAUCCAAAGUUGAAAAGCUGGAGAUUGCCAAAGGUUAUUGCACACCUCUUGUGAGGAAGAUCCGCUCGGAUCUCCAGAGAACUCAGGAUGAUGACACUGUAAAUAAACUGCAUCCACUAUAUUCCCGAGGAGUGAUGUCCCCGGAACGACAUGUACGCACACGUCUCUACUUUACCAGUGAAAGUCACGUGCACUCGCUGCUAUCCAUUCUCCGUUUUGGGUCUCUCUGUGAUGAAUCAAAGGAUGAACAGUGGAAAAGGGCAAUGGACUACCUAAACUUUGUAAAUGAACUGAACUACAUGACCCAGAUUGUGAUUAUGCUGUAUGAAGACCCCAACAAGGACUUAUCAUCAGAGGAGAGGUUUCAUGUAGAGCUUCAUUUCAGUCCAGGUGCCAAAGGAUGUGAAGAAGAUAAAAAUUUGCCUUCUGGAUCUGGAUACAGGCCAGCAUCACGAGAGAGUGAAAGUUCGAAGAAGCAGGUUCAUAGCAAUGACAGCGAUGAAGAGUCUGGGGUGUACAAAAGGGAUGAGCCUGAUAGAGCCUUGGUGAUGUUUAAACCUCUGGUGUCUGACCCUAUUCACAUUCACAGAAAGUCUCCUUUACCACGUUCCAGAAAAAUUGGCUCCGUAGAGGAAGAGAGCCCCCUGAGUGUGUCUAGCCCAGAGUGUAUCGGUACCUGGAUGCAUUACACCAGUGCUGUGGGUUCUGGGCGUCGAAGACGCAGAUCAGGGGAUCAAAUCACUUCUUCCCCUGUGUCCCCUAAAUCAUUGGCUUUCACAUCCAGUAUUUUUGGCUCAUUUCAACAGGUACUAUCAGAUAGUAAUAGCCAUCUAAGAGCAGCCCGACUUCUGGAGCAGAAGCAUAGCGGUUUAGACCCUCACUCACAGAAAAAAGAAACCAGGAAGUAUUCUCAUUCUGGGAAGUGUAAAACCAGAAGUCACUAUGGGAGCUCCCUACUACGAGGGUCUCACUGCGCGGGUCUCUUUAGUACUACUGUGCUCGGGGCCUCUUCAAGUGCACCUAACCUACUGGAUUAUGCUCGUGCUCAUCGUAAAAAGCUGACUACUUCUGGCUGCAUAGAUGACGCCACACGCAGCUCUGCUGUUAAAAGGUUUUCUAUCUCAUUUGCUCGACACCCAACCAAUGGAUUUGAGCUGUACUCCAUGGUGCCUUCCAUAUGUCCCUUAGAGACCCUACACAACUCCUUGUCUUUAAAGCAGGUGGACGAAUUCCUUUCUGCUAUAGCAGCACCUUCAAGUGACUGUUUCCUGGAUACUCCAACAGCUUCUCCUUCUACUCCUGGAUAUCACAGUCAUGUUGGUGGCAGGAAAAUAUCUUUAAAUACAUAUACUCCUACUAAAAUACUUCCAACACCAUGGCUUUUUGGUACUGAUGGAGCAAUAUCGGACCCAGUUGCUACAGAUGGCAGUGGACCAUCAUGCACCACCUCUACAGCUUGUGAUCUACCCUCAAUAGAUGGCCAAAAUCAGGAAGAGGUUAAAGAAGAGAAGACUCAUCCCCAGCAAGAUGUCUGUGUACAAGAGAAAGCGAAUCUACAUUCCAUGUAGUAAUGCUGCAUUAGGGAUUGAAGAGAACAUUUUAUCAAUAUCGAAGAUAUUUAAAUAUUUUUUUACUUCAUGUAUAUACAGACAGCGUAGAUGAAAUGUACAUUACUUGUUUUGAGUUUACAUUCUAUAUAACUAGUAGGUCACAUACCCAACAUACAGAUGGGACAACAGUGAUACAACUUCCUCUGUCAUCUAUGGACUAGACAUUUUGGGGUGGUUCACAGCAAAAAAUUGCACACCAAAGAAUACCUGUCUGCAGGAAUGUGUAUAUUAAUGAAUAAAUAUAUGUGCGGAGGUGGACAGGAGCAAAGGCUUUGUGUGCAAAUGUAGUGUUGGCAAUCUGUAGAACCUGAUAUCAGCAUUCAUACUCAAACUAUACUACAUAUCUAAUAUGCCAACAGAAGUACAGUUACUAUGGGUAACAAGACUACAUUUUACUGUUUGACUGCUUUCUGCGCUUCUGUUCACUUUGUUAAUGUCUUUUUUUUCCCUUUUCCUGAUAUAUACUUAUUGAAAGGGCUGUAAAAAAGAAAAAACAAAGCGUAACUUUGCAUUAUAAACUUUUUUUUUCCAGUUUUUACACGUCCCUGAAUGCAGCAAAUAAUGUUUAUCAAUAGAUGUUUUCAUACUAUAUUUUGAAGGGGUUAGGGUGCGUUCACACAGCCGUCUGUCCCUGUUUUUUUUAUUCCCCGUUUCGGUUCCAUUCUUGCAGGCUGUAAAUGGUUUAAAAAAAUCCCAUUCAUGUCAACUGGAUUUUUUUUACAAUCCGUUUGUACCCGUCUGCACUCAUUUCCAUUUUUUUGAUGGCAGAAAAAAUAGCACAUGCAGUAUUUUUUCUUCAGUCAAAAAAACGGAAGAAAAAACGGAUACAGUAAAUUUAACAUUGAAGUCUAUGGAAAACAGGUGAGCCUUUAAUUUCAUCCAUUUGCAUCUGUUUUUCGAUCAGUUUUUACUUCUGAGCAUGCUGUGGACAAUCCGUUUAUUAACUGAACAAUAACGGAUAACAUCUGUUUGCAUCCUUUUAUUGUCCGUUAAGUCCGUUUUUAUUUUUGAUGGGAGAAGAACGGGACGGAUCUAGACGGCCCUGUGAACGCAGCCUUACCCAGGAUUUAAAACAACAACAAAAACAUAUCUGCUUUCUUCCAAAAACCACACCACCACAGAUUGUUUUUGUGUUAUUACAACUCUGCCUGGUGAAACUGAGGUGCAAUACCACAUGCAAACUGAGAAUAACAGUAAGAAAGCAGCUAUGUUUUUUCUAAUCCUGGACAUGCUUUGUCCUAUGAUGUAUUACAGCUAUAUAAUGUGUCUUGUUUUUUAUUUGGGGGGGGUUAACAAAAAAAAAAAAAUUGCUGAAUAAUCAACAUAAUUAUAGCAAUUAAUUAGUAUACUAAAGGGGUACUCCGGAGGGGGGAAACAUUUUCAGGAUAGGGUCACACGGAAGGGAUCUGCAGCAUAUUUUACGCUGCGGAUCCACCGAUGACCCGACCCUAUAUUGUGCCUCCAGCUGUUCCCCUCCCGACGAUGUCUGAGUACACUGCGCAUGGUGACUUGCAAGUCCCUGUGUGGCUUCUUAAGAGCGGUUCAUUGCUGCUGCGGGCAGGACAUGGGAACGGCUGGAAGCAGAAUAUAGGGUCGUGUCAUCGGCGAAUCCACAGCAUAAAAUACGUUGCGUAUCCCUUACGUGUGACCCUACCCUUGAAUCAACUGGUGCUACAAAAUCAUACAGAUUUGUAUAUGACUUCUCUUUAGCCUUCCAGUACAUAUCAGCUGCUGUAUGCUCCAUAGGAAGUUGUAUAGUUCUUUUCAGUCUGACCACAGUUCUCUCUGUCCAAAGCAGAAGCAGAUCGCCAUAGGAAACCUCUCCUGCUCUGGACAGUUGCUGACAUGGACAGAGAUGUCAGCAGAGAGCACUGUGGUCAGACUGGAAGGAACUAUACAACUUCCUCUAAGGCUUGAGAUUUUUAAAUAGACGUAAUUUAAAGCUCUGUAGAACUUCCUUGCAUCAGUUGAUUUGAAAACUUUUCUCACUCCAGAGUAGCCCUUUAAUACAUCUAGUUUACACUGGAUCAUAAGGUCUACUUGUAUAAAUACAUAUAUACAUGUCCCUGGAUAUAGCCACAUUAACCAGGAUGAAAUAAUUCAUAAGUUUUAUACUACAACUUUUUUUUUUUACACGCCUAGAAAAUGUUAUUCACUUACAAGCCAUCUUAGAGAGAGAACAAAAUAUACAAUGUAUUAAUACAGAAAGGCAAGGUAGAAAAAUACUCAAUAUAAUUGAAAAGCUUUAUCACACAUCUUUUGCUGCACAGCAAGUAAUGCUGCAAGGAGGAUAUGAUACACAAUCAUCGGCCGCAAAUUUACUAGGCAAUGAAGGCCGGUUCUUUGUGGCUGCCAUGCUGCACGUUAUGGCCAUUGGCGCAUGAUUUUGCUGUUAAAAUACAAUAUUACUGGAAAAAUCAUAGGUCAUUCUUCACCACUUGUGGGCGUGGUGUAGUCCAUACACGGCAGCCGCAGCAUGAAAUUCUGGCCAGUAUGUAAUUAGCUGCAUUGAUUUGCAUGGACCAAGUCAUAUCAUGAAUAUUGUGUUCUUUGUUUUAUAUCAUGAACAGUGUCAUUUGCCAAAAUAUUAACUUCAACUUUUGCAUUUAUUAAGAAGACAAUGUACUUAGUAAAUAAAAGGCAGUAUGUAUAGAAGCAUGCCUGAUAGGCCCAAAAAAAUAUAUAGCUAAAGUUACAUAAUCAUAUCGAUAUGUUAGGGGUUCCAUUGACAAAGCAGUUAUUGCAGCUGGUCAGUAAACUGUUACAUUAUAUGAUCAGGUGCAUGGUCACAUACAAUGGACAAUAUUAACUAUAUCGUUUUCAGAGGCUCAUGUUUUGGGCUUUCUGUGCUUUUAUAGUUAUUUGAAGCUAGUACAUGAUCUGGUCUGAUGUAGUCUAACAUUGCCCCUGACUAAUACAGUUGAGAUGAUUGCUUGCUUGACAUGAGUGGUGCAGCGAAAUGAAAAUUUUGGGCCAAAAGCAAAAAUUUAGGAUGUGCUUGGCCAAAAACUGAAACCGAAAAUGACUUGCCACGCCCACUUAAAAAAUGUAUAUACAUGUGCUAGUUAUGGGUCAGCUGCAGAUCCAUUUUUUAUUUUUUUUAUUUAUAAUAAUUCUUUAUGACACACAAGUAUUUCCUUCCAGAAUUUACAUCAAUUCAACAUGCCAAUUUACAUUAAUUUGCCAAGUCUUUCUCAGUCGUCUGCAGAAUCAUAGGCUGUGUCAGGGCAUGCUGGAAGUUCUAUUCGUUUUAGGACAGCUGCACUAUACAGCAUUGAUCUGCAGCUGGUGCAGAACUACAACUCACAGCAUGCCCUGACAGGCCAACGGCUGUUGGGGCAUGCGGGGAGUUGUAGGUUUGGAGACCUGUGCUCUAUGGGAUAGUCAUGUGCUUGUUUCAAAUAAAUUUAUUUAUAAAAGCACAGAUAAACUUCUUUUAAUCCUUCUCAAGUAUUGACUGAUAAACUUACUUUUUGGUUUUAGUAAUUUAAAGGGGUGUUCCAGCUGUGACAUUUAAGACAUAUACCCAGUUAGUCUGUAAAUGUCUGAUAGAUGCAAGUGUCACUUCUGGGACCAGCAUCGAUGUUGGGAUAAAGAGUCCUACUGUUUCCAUAUGGCUUGGGACUACACGGCAACUUUGGCCACAAGACAUGAAGAUCACAAUACCGUCAAUGUGGUCAAGAUGCGACUUGAUGCUACAAAAUCUCAUGCAACUAUGUGGGUAUUGACCUCAGUUCAAGUUGCUCUGUGAUUUGGCCAUUUUUUUCUUUUUUUUUUUCUUACAGCCAAAUGGGAACUGUAAACAUAAAAUCACACCAAUGGUAUGCAAUUUUCUGUCAUGUGAUAUGUCAUCCAUGUGACCAUAGUGAAUGGAGAAGGGUCAUGGGCACCUCUCAAUUCAUUCUCUACCUAGCCCUCACCAAACCAAUUGGGUGGCCCCCCUAUAUUCUAAAUGAGUGUGGUCCCACAUCUGUUAGACGUUUAUGGCAUGCCGUGAAUGUCUAAGUUGUGAAUAUCCCUUUAAGAGGCAAUCAAACUUCUGUUACUUUUACUUUGUGUCUGUUACUAGAGAUGAGCGAACUUACAGUAAAUUCGAUUCGUCACGAACUUCCUGCAUAAAUUAGUUCAGCUUUCCGGUGGGCUGGAAAAGGUGGAUACAGUUCUAGGAAAGAGUCUCCUAGGACUGUAUCCACCUUUUCCAGCCCACGGGAGCACCUGAAAGCUGAACUAAUUUAUGCAGGAAAAGUCAUCAACUGCCGAGCCGAGAAGUUCGUGACAAAUCGAAUUUACUGUAAGUUCGCUCAUCUCUAUCUGUUACCUUACUGGUUGUUUUCAUUGUAGAUAACAUAUUUGUCAGGUUUUAUUUCCCCUAAGCCACCGUUCUCGUUUAAAACCAAAUACUUCAGUUGCGGGUACUGUAUAUCAGUCUUUUCAGUGUUGUUAUAAGGUCAAUGCUAUGUCUUUUCCACUUACUAAAAUUUGUUUGAGGACAUUGAUACAUUUACAUACUGCAGGCUAUACACCAUUUUAUUAGUAUAUAUUAUGUAAAUACAUGGAUUUUGAUUUACGUUUCUUGAAAUGGCAUAUUUAGGUAUGUUAUACUGCUGACAUACUUUAUUUUCUUCUACUUGUAACAUUCAAAAUAUAAAUUAUUUUGUUAUCCUUCUUCCGCGUACUGUC